AUGACAGUCGUGCAAAUUUUGGUAUUGUCAGCAGAGGAAGACGUGGUGCUGUGGCUUAUAUCUCUGUUUAUGUCAGAUAUGAAUAUAGUGGGUACUGAGCUGCCCCCUCCUGCAUAUACCUACUGUAAGCCAGGAUCGCGAUGGAUGAAGGAUUGCAAUUGGUGUACAUGUGGAAAAGAUGGUUCUGGCGGUGCCUGCACUUUGAUAGGCUGUCUACCAAAUUAUAAGCCUCAGCCAGGGCAGGCUGUGUGCACCGAGGGAUCACGCUGGAAGCAAGACAACUGUAACUGGUGCAACUGUAACAAUGGCAAAGCCUCUUGCACUGAAAAGCUCUGUGUGGAUACUGUACCUGAUCCAAACUUCCCCGACCUCCCCCUUGGCACCGUGUGUUUUGCCACGAAGUGUGGCAUGACGGCUGCAACAGCUGUUUGGCUCCGUGAAGAUGGGAGUGGAAGCUCUUCAUCGACAUCAGAACAUUGUCAGAAGUGGGAACACGAAGACCUUGACUGCACCUUGACUGCUUUUGUUCCUACACUAUACUAUUGUAUUUGUUGUACAUUUGAAUUAUUUAAUCUGAUGCCAUUGUUUCUAUCAACAGAUUAUAAGCCUCGCCCGGGGCAGGUUGUGUGCACUGAGAGAUCACACUGGAAGCAAGAUAACUGUAACUGGUGCAACUGUAAGAAUGGCAAAGCUUUUUGCACCGAAAAACUCUGCAUUCAAACAGACAUGCCUAAAAAAAGUUGCAUUGAAGGAUCGUCCUGGAAACAAGACUGCAAUACGUGCCAUUGCAUAAAUGGGACAGCUGGUUGCACAAAAAAGCUGUGUGCUGAACCAGUACCAGAAACUCUGCAGUGUACAGGAAACAAGACUGAUGGAUGUGUUGACCAGCUGCCACCACAUUGUAAACUGCCACCAUUCAAUACUGAGGGUCAUGUGUGUCUAGCCUUCCUUAGUAGGUGGACAUAUGUUGCCGACACCCAGAAUUGUGAGAACAUUAUUUACGGUGGAUGUGGAGGAACCAAGAACUUGUAUCACUCCCAAGCGGAGUGCGAAGCAUCGUGCCGCCCACACCACUCUCCACCCAACAGCAGCACAAAACCACAGCGGUGCUUCUUGAAGGCAGAUUCAGGACACUGCUUUGGAUAUUUUAUUAAGUUCACAUACAAUUCAGCAAGUCGCCAGUGUAAGGAGUUUGUGUAUGGCGGCUGUGGUGGAAACCGCAACAGAUUCGAAACACUCCAGGAGUGCCAGACGACAUGUGGAUCCUCAUGUGAUAGAUCAAAGUGUCCUUGGUUAAGAUGGGCCCAUUAUUUUGCCAAGAACUGUCUACCUCAGUACGAGAGGGGAUCUUGCUGCCCUACCAGGUUCUUAUGUCCCAGUACAAAUGCUACCGACCCAGAGAAGUGUUAUUACAAAGGUGAGGCCUAUACAAAGGGCAGUACUGUACCUGUGGAAGAUGCGUGUUCUGCUAAUUGUUACUGCACAGAGUCGUAUGCCCCCGGAUAUCCAGCGGAAAUACACUGUGCGGACAUAGAAUGUCCAGAGUUCUUCAGGCCUCCAGUACCAGGCUGCCGCCCAGUCUACAAACCGGGCGAGUGUUGCUCCUCCGAGAGUGAUUGUGUUGACCCUGACACUCCGCCUCUCCUGGAGUCUCGCUCAGUGACGUGUGUUUGGAACAACAAGACAUACCUAGCUGGUGAUAAGAUGUACUUUGAUGACUUCCCCUGCCAGAAGUGUAUCUGCAGCCCAGCCUUCACACGACCAGAUGGACCUCUCUGUACCAAAGAAAACUGUGGAUUUGACUUCAGGUACACCUCCAAAUUUGCUGAAGGCUGUGUUCCCAUCUACUUUGAAGAGAAAUGCUGUCCCGUUGACUGGCUCUGCCCCGGUGAUAGUCGCAUCCCACUCACAGCAUCGCAACAACAGAUAACAGUCACUAAGGAAAACCCACAAGAAGCAAGACCCUUGGAGUGUUACCUUGGAGACCUCAGCAUUGCACUUGCAUCACCCCUCAACACCAGCGAGUGCAGUAUCAAUUGCAAGUGCAUAACACCACCAGAGCCCACCUGUGUGCUGUACAGGUCAUGUACACUUGCUGAAGAAGUGAAGAACAAUCAAGAAUGUGUUGAGCCAUCGUGUUCUCCUGGAUGUGAUGUUAUCAUGGAUGCUGUAACUGGGUGUCUUGCUUGCUCAUGCAACGAAGACAACUUCAUAUGCCCACAAAAGAUUUGCCCUAGAAACUGUGAAAACAUCUUUGAUCUUCAAACGGGCUGCCCCUCGUGCAAAUGCAACUGCUCGUAUGACUCGGCUACCGGAACCCCAUGCCCGGUGGACUGUGUUGUUCAUGAGGUUGUAGAUGAACUGACUGGAUGUAAGAGAUGCGAAUGUGAUCCUAAUAGUUUGGGCAGUCCAGUUGUUCAACGUCAAGUCUGUCCUGUGAAUUUCACAGCCCCUUGUCCUAUGGACUGUGCGGUUAUUAGAAUUCUGGAUGAGGAAACGGGUUGUGAAAAGUGUGAAUGUGAUCCAAAUAAUCCAGGUGAUCUAUUUGGCCUACAUCAACUUCCUCGUGCACAUUACUGCCCCACAGAUCACACUGGUAAGCCUCCUUGCCCCAUGGACUGUGCAAUCCACUAUAUUGUGGAUGAAGAAACUGGCUGUGAAAAGUGUGAAUGUGAUCCAAAUAAUCCAGAUAAUCCAUUUGGCCUACAUCAACUUCCUCGUGCACAUUACUGCCCCACAGAUCACACUGGUAAGCCUCCUUGCCCCAUGGACUGUGCAAUCCACUAUACUGUGGAUGAAGAAACUGGCUGUGAAAAGUGCGAAUGUGACCCAAAUAAUCCAGCAAAUCCAUUUGGCCUACAUCAGCUUCCUCCUCCUCUUCCUCAGCCUUCUGGCCAGGACUGCCCCAUAGAUCACACUGGUAAGCUUCCUUGCCCCAUGGACUGUGCAAUCCACUAUGUUGUGGAUAAAAAGACUGGCUGUGAAAAGUGCGAAUGUGACCCAAACAUACAAACCAACAUAUUUGGCCUGCAUCUGGUUCCUCUUCCUCCUCCCACCCACAAAUAGUCAACACAACAAAACUGACUAACCCCCUUGGUUCUACAAGCUGUGCAUUCUACAGUCAUGCAUCACAAAGCAGGUUUAAUAAUGCACUGUGGGACUGUAUCUCUUGUAGCCUCCGUAAUUUGUCCGCUCAGCCAUUAUUUUGUUUUAGAAUAUAAUUAGAAAAUAAAAAAAUAUUUUACAUCCA